GAAUAUACCCAUUACCAACUUCCGGCGAGAGGUCACAACCGAAAAUUGCUUAACAUUAGAAAUUUUUUUCUCAGCAUCUUGGCAUUGACCCUUGUUGCAGGAUGAUUAUACAUCAAGUUAAAGUCAUGAAAAGUUGACCUUUCUGUACUUGAAUAAAAUCCAAAACUGGUCUUUCCAUACUCAACAAUCACUGCCAGAUAACUUAAGAUGGAGAAGAGACACAAACAGAUAUUGAAAGAUAAGCGGCCAGAUUUGGUUGAAAGCUUAAACAUGAUUGGUGGGCUCUUUACACAGUUGAUUAGUAGAGAUAUAUUAGAUCAGAGGAUGGUCAGGACAAUAAAGAAUGGAAAGACAGAAGAUGAAAUGGCUGAGGGUUUACUAGAUUUUUUACCAAAAUCUAACCAAGGAGAAAAGACAUUUGACCUUUUCUGUGAGGCUUUAAUAGCUGACUCCCAGAGUAGUAUUGUGAGAUUGUAUCUCAAGCCAGACAGCAAGAAGGAAACAGAAGAGAAAAAUGUUGUGCAGGAAUCUAAUGGAGCAAAUGCUGUCGAAGACACACUAUCACAGGUAUCUGGGUCACAGGUGACCGGACUCGGUCAAACCUAUGUCAAUAUAGGAGAGGUUGUAGAAUACAGAGACGGUGAACGUUCGGUCCAGAGUCCAGGUCACGUUCAGACUGUAGCCAUUCGAGAGGAACUGCAGACACAGAUGUAUAGACGUAGUAUCGAACCAAGAGAUCUGCAUCACUCCCAGUCUUCCCCAAACUUGCCUAGCAAUUCUGAACACGAUGCCAUGUUCUUUUAUCAAAACACUCUUAGAAAUCCACAUGCUGUGUACAGUGUUUUAAAUGAUAGGUGCUCUAAUAGAUCAGACAAAGAAAGACAGUUGUUCAAUAUGGGCUUGCCACUUGCUUCAGUUUCACAAAUCAUGAACGAUUACUAUAUAGAUCCAUUGUUAGUUAGUGAUUCUGGAGGUAUAGGUCUUCCAAAAAAUGUGUCUUCCAAAGAUAUUUCCCAAAAUCCCUAUGCUCAAAAACCAAAUGUGUUCAACAGAUCUCCAUAUACAGAGAUUAAUCCAGCUUCCAGUGGACUUGUUUUAGGAAUGAGUCCACAAAAAUCAUUUGCUUUCCAAACUAGAGAUAAGAAUUAUCCACCAGUAUUACAAGAAAGACACUUCCUCAAUGCUAGUAAAGAGUAUAUGGAAAGAGUACAAGGUGUAGACAGAAGUAGUGAACAAGAAUUGGAAAAUAUAUAUUGUAGACAAAAUGAAGAGCGAUUCAGUGACAAAAUCAAACAAAACUAUGAAAGAUAUAAUGAAAAUUCCUCGAGUCGUAGAAAUUUAACUCCACAAGUUGAGGAAAUCCAUCCAAGUCCAUCCAGAUAUUCCGAGGCUCGUAGUAUGGUUGAGAUUGACAGGCAUAUAGAAACAAACAACAGCUGUGACGGUAGUCUGCAGCGAAGUAUGAUGUCAUUCCCUCGACAUGUAACACUGUUGCCAACCGCCGGUCAUCCUGAUCUCCAUGGUAAAGACUCAUUAAGGGGAGAUAAUGGCCAAUCACCGAGGCUGCUGAGGAAUGACAGUGUUGAUACCAUGCAUAAAAGACCAUUGACAGAAGAAAUUGAAACUGGUGCAAAACGUUUAAGAGAAGAUGUGGAUACAUGCAGUCUACCAAAUCUGAUCCGACCUGAGAGGACUCCUACAUUACCAGUGUUAGAAGCCCGAGAUGAUCAGAUAGUGAAGAUUCCAGUGCUAGAGGAGCCACGGAAACAACCGUCCAUGCCCGCAGUGGUCGUACAACCUGACCAGAAUCUGGAGAAAAAUCAGAGGUCAUCAUUGUUGGGGGCCAUGGAUGACCCAGAGAUUGACCUCACUGACGGACCAAUUAAUGUCAGUGUUGAACUGAGCACCAGAAAGUUUUAUUUGGAACAUUAUAAACAGGCAUAUGCAAUGAGGAGGAUACCUCGUGGUAAAGCAUUGAUUAUGAACGUGAAUGAGGUGGUGGGUAAAUCAGCACGUAGAGGUACCGACAUUGAUAGGGACAAUCUACAUAAUCUGUUAUGUCAGAUGCACUUUGAUGUAACCGUUUACAAUGAUGCUGAUGGACUUACAGCCAUGGAAAUGGUUCAGAAGUUACAAGAUUUCUCUCAGCACAGCAGUCAUGUGAGCGGCGACUGCACUGUUGUUUGUAUACUGAGUCAUGGUGAGGAAGGUUAUAUCUUUGGUGCAGACGGUAAAAAGUUUGAGCUUGACGCUGUGUUCUCACUGUUUGAUAACACUUGUUGUCCAAGUCUGAGAGGAAAACCGAAACUGUUCAUUAUACAGGCUUGUCGUGGAGGUGCACUAGACCGAGGUGUGCAGUAUUACCCUGAUGAACAUGAUGGGUCAGAUGCUCGUGUAAGGCAGGUGCCCUCUAUGUCUGAUAUGCUAAUAUGUUACCCGACACAAAAUGGGUACUAUGCAUGGCGUAAUCGUGACAGGGGAAGCUGGUAUGUAGAGGCCCUCGUUCAGAUAUUUAUGAAGUACGCUAGAUGUGAGGAUGUAUGUACCAUGCUGAAUAGGGUAAAUCUGCUGGUAUCAAAGAAAGUGUCACAUUGUCCUAAUAUAGAUAUGGACCAGAUGAGUCAGAUGUCAGAGUACAAGAGUACAUUGAGGAUGCCUCAUCUAUACUUCUUCCCUGGUAUUGGUGGCUGCAGCUGAACACUCUAUGAUAAAUCUGUGUCCACCCAUGUUGAAGGU